CAAUCACAUCAGUAAUCACUCUCUCGAUCUCUCUUUCUUUCUCCGCUUUUGCUUUUCCCUCCAAAAGUUGCUAACAAAAGUGAGAGAGAGUGACAAUGGACGAUUCCGAAAAACGCAUUUCGCCUCAAAACUUCCCAUCAAAGCUCACUUUCUAUGUCGCUAUUUGUUGGUUCCUCGCCGCCUUUGGUGGCCUCAUGUUUGGCUAUGACAUUGGCAUCUCUGGUGGAGUGACUGCCAUGGACGAUUUCCAGAUCAAGUUCUUCCCGAAAGUGUACGAGAAGAAACUCCAUGCCAAAGAAGACAACUACUGUAAAUACGAUGACCAGAACCUUCAGCUCUUCACCUCUUCACUCUACCUCGCCGCCCUUGUCUCCAGCUUUGGCGCCUCCAAAGCCUGCGAAAAGUUCGGCCGGAAGCCCACCAUUCUCAUCGCUUCCGUGUUUUUCCUCGCCGGAGCUGCCCUCAGCGCCGCCGCCAUGGACGUCGCCAUGCUCAUCGUUGGCCGAAUUCUCCUCGGUGUUGGCGUAGGAUUCGGUAACGAGGGAGUUCCCCUGUUUUUAUCGGAGAUAGCUCCGGUGAAGCACAGAGGAGCGGUCAACAUCCUUUUCCAGCUCUUUGUCACGAUCGGAAUCCUCUUCGCCAACUUGGUCAACUUCGCGGUCUCGAAGAUCCACCCGUACGGCUGGCGAAUCUCCCUCGCCAUCGCCGGCGCACCGGCGGCGGGACUCUUCAUCGGCUCGAUCGUCAUCUCCGAGACGCCGACCAGCCUCGUGGAGCGGAACAAGCUGGAGCAGGGGCACAAAACCCUAAAAAAAAUCAGGGGAGUCGACAACGUGGACGCCGAAUUCAACCAGAUCAAGGCCGCCUGCGAGGCCGCCAAGCAGGCCAAAAGCCCAUUCAAGGAGCUGAUGAAGAGAUCCAGCUUCCCUCCCUUAAUCAUCGGAAUCCUGCUCCAGGUUUUCCAGCAGAUGACCGGAAUCAACGCCAUCAUGUUCUACGCCCCUGUUCUCUUCCAGACCGUAGGGUUCAAGAACGACGGCUCCCUCCUCUCCGCCGUCAUCACCGGCGUCGUCAACGUCGUCAGCACCGUCGUCUCCGUCGUCGCCGUCGAUAAGGUCGGCCGCAAGGCCCUCCUCCUCGAAGCCUGUGUCCAGAUGUUCAUCUCUCAGAUGGCGAUUGGGUUCAUUCUGCAUCUGAAUCUGACGGCGACGGGGUCGCUGACGAAGGUGGAAGCCGGCGUGGUGGUGUUCCUUGUGUGUUUCUUCGUAAUGGGCUUUGCGUGGUCUUGGGGCCCAUUGGGCUGGCUGAUUCCUAGCGAGACUUUCCCGGUGGAGACUCGAGCGGCGGGUUUCGCCUGCGCGGUGAGCUCCAACAUGCUCUUCACCUUCGUCGUGGCACAAGCUUUCUUGUCCAUGAUGUGCCAUUUGAAGGCCUACAUCUUCUUCUUCUUCGCGGCCUGGAUCUUUGUGAUGGGACUCUUCGUCGUCUUCCUCUUGCCGGAGACCAAGGGAGUCCCCAUCGACGCCAUGAACGAAAGGGUCUGGAAGAAGCACCCUGUCUGGAAAAAAUUCAUGGAUUGAUUGAUAACAACAACACAAAAAAUUGCAACCCGCCAUUGAAGAAGCUCUUGGAGAAUUGGAAGAUAUAUGGUUUCCGCAGAGAGCAGAGCCACACAAAAAAGGAGGAAAAAGAGGAAAAGAUUCAAUCUUUUUUAAUUUCAAUACUUGUAACGAAUCAGUUAUUUUCAUUCUUUCACUUCUAUCUUUUAGUCUCGUGAUAAUGCUCUAAGAGCUAAGAGUUAUUUGUUCCAACACCGGCAUAAAGAAAUUGUUAUGUUAGAGAAAUAGUUGUUUGGCUUUAUAGAAUCAAUCAAAGAAAACAAACACAAAAAUUCAGAGCAGAAUUUCCAAUUUCGAUUUCCUUCUAUCUUUGUCUCUGUUUCCUCGCUAUCUCUACUACCAUGGCUUAUUAUUAGUACACAGAGAAGGAACUGUGAGGGAAGGUGGGAAUCUAGACUGAAGUGUACAUCAUUUGGACGGAUUGGCGCCAAAUUCAGGCAAAUCCGACGUGGAAGAGGAUUGCCAUGGCGAGGAGAAGCGCUUGAGCGAUGGAAGCCAUGGAAGAGGCCGCGGUGUUCGAACUAGGGCCUGGGGAUUGUGCAGAAGACAGAGUUGGGGCUGCCAUGGAAGAAGCGGGAGAAGAUGAAGGUGUCGCGGUGGUGGGAAGGACGUUGAUGUCGACUCUCUGGCCGGACUGACAGUGGCCAUUGACGCCGCAGAUGAAGUAGUGGUGGCCGCGGGUGGUUAUGGUGAUGGAAUCGUUCCCUGUGGUGUACGUGGCCAGUGGAGCUGUGGUGUUGCAGGCUCUGUACAUGGCGUGUGUCACUCUCAUCACGUUGUGGAAUUGUGGGUUGUACUCGAAACCUGAUAAGUCAGUGGCAAAGGCCAUUGUGGAGUAGCCUUCUUCCAAUAACUUGCAUUUUCAUCGACAGUGAAAAAUGGAGGAAAACCCCCAUCAUUCUCUAGUUCUUUUCUUUCAUUUAUAGGGAUUUCUUCACAAAUGUAAGAUUCGGCGCGGGAAAGAGAAAGAACAGAUCAGUCGACGGCAUAAUCAUCAUGCAACGCACGAGCACAGUGGGUUGUGGGAUAAGAAAGUUGUCGCUUUUAAGAUGCUUAAUUCCAAAGGUGGGUGGUUGUUUACUUUCCAGAUCCCGAAGUUCUGACAGUGACAUACAUAAUCAUCAAACUGAAGCAUGCGAGUAAGGAUUUGAGUGAGAAGAAAGAUUGUGCCUGCGUGCCUUAGGGGACCAUCAGAAAUGGGUGUGAGUGGAUGGAUUGAGUUGGGCCAAAAAAACAUUCCUUUGAGGAAAUUGGAGACACUACUUCCCACAGAUCACAACUCAGCAGAAGACUACAAACAGUUCUUGGAUGAAUUGGAAAUCCACUGAAUCAACAAGGGGAGCCAUAAAUCAAAGGGGGGAGACAGGAAAAUCCAAGUGGGUCAAUGAAAUGAAUCAGAAAGCACUGAACUUUCAGCAAAUUAACUAAAACAGAGAACCCCCGCAAAGUUUGCAUGCAGCAGGGGAAGUCUCUCUCAGAGGAAAUUAAACAAAC